ACAGUAAAUAUUUGUGUUUGCUCAACCGGCUGUAAUGGUGGACGACUGAGUCAGAGAAAACGGAAUACAACUAGAGUGAAGAAAGAGAGGAAAAAAGGGUCGAAAGUCUGUUUGAGAGCCAGUCGCCGCGAGUAGGACACGGGCUUCGUCGAAAAUGGAUGAACUCAAACAUCAAGUCAUGAUUAACCAGUUCGUCCUGACGGCGGGUUGUGCGGCAGACCAGGCGAAGCAGCUCUUGCAAGCGGCACAUUGGCAGUUCGAGACUGCCCUCAGUGCCUUUUUUCAAGAGACAAAUAUCCCAUAUGGCCAUCAUCAUCAAAUGAUGUGCACCCCAGCGAACACACCAGCGACGCCCCCGAACUUCCCGGAUGCGUUGACCAUGUUCUCCAGGCUGAAGGCGUCUGAGAGCUUCAACAGCGGCAGCGGUGGCAGUUCCAUGGCCGCCUCCAUGGCCACCUCACCCCCGCCCCCCCAGGUCGGCGGCUGGGGGGUCUCACCAAAUGUACCUAAUGUGCCGCAACCUCCACAGGGACUCUGGACUCAGGGGCAGCCCCCCACACAGCCCUGCCCCGCCUGGCCCAUGGGCGUGAACCCCCACGCAGGCGCCGAGCAGAAGGCUAGUGUAGCGAUGGAGGCUGAGAGAUGAAGGGCAGCACAGGACUGAAAAGCCCCCCCUUCCACCCUGGGGAGGGAGGGCAACGGGCAGGCGGGCGGGGUAAAUGCGGAGAAGGGUGGGAGGAGAUAAUGGGUAAAAAGUAGGUUUUGGUCGUUUUCCCAAAUGAUGGAUGAUUACGGAACGAGACGGAAACUACGCAAACCAAGAAAAACUCAACGUGGACAAUUUAAGAAGAGGAGAAAACCAAUGCAAAUAUCAAUACAAAAAGAGAAAGGAAAAAAAGAUACGCACACACAUAGUAAUAAGAGAGCAACUGAAAUCUUUGUUAGUUUUUCCUAAGUAAAUGCAUAGAUAAGAGAAAUAUUAUUGAACUAAAAAAACACAUUUUUAAAAGUAAUUGUCAUGCCCAAGGAAUUUAUGUGAUGUUCAAGGACUUUCAAGGCAGCAAACUAAAUUUUCAGUUUGUUGUUUAGUAUUUCUUUUGUUUUCUUCUAUCAUUUCAGCCAGUGUUUUUUUUUUUUUUUUUGCCACUGGUGUGUUUCUGCAACUGCAUGAGGAGAGAGGAACUUGCAAUGCAGCCUUUGAGAUUGACUCAAAAAUCAACACGCACUUGAGUGUGAGUGUGUACGCAUGUGAGC